AUGGUCAACAGGUUUGUUGCUUCGACACUGCUGGAACGGACUGCAUUGACAGGAAGUGGGAUCCAAGGUGAUCCUCUGGUUCCAGCUCGAGUGAAUUCUCUGUGGCUUCUCUCGAAAUCGUUCUCAAUCAGACCUCUUCCUUCUCUUGGCCAUAAAAGUUCAACAGUGAACUGGGCGAAAAAAGUUGCAAGAAACUCGGCCCAGCGUUGUCGGGUUUCAGUGAGAAGAGCUAUAAAAAAAGUGUACUCCGGAACGUAUUGUCCUGCUCCACGGGAUUGUAAAUCACUGAAGGGCUGCAUUGCUAGUGAAACCACUUGGGCGGACGACAAGAACAAGCAUGUCGAUAGAAGGAACGUCGACGGCGCACCAGAAUUGAGGAUACCAAGGAACGCGAGUGCGGCGAGGCUCGCUAGUAUUUCGGAUCGGAUUCGACAGUGCACACCCAGGUACGAUGACGACGAGAUAAAGUACGUGCGCUCUUGCGCAACCACAGCGACGAUAGGCCCCACCGAAACUGCCGAGCUUGAAAACCGCAGAAACAGGAGCUCAAGGACGCCAUUGCUCAAGAACCCAUACGUCAUGAUCAUGAAUGCGGCGCUCUUUGCGACUCAGAGGAUUUACGAUAACAUCGGGGUCAUGGUUGUGAACGAGAAUCAAGCAAUUCUGCAAGAGAACCGGGUGGCGCUUCAAAACCAGCUUUUCACAACGAAUACCUACGUUCUCACAGGCAACACGGACAAGAAUCUCCAAAAGGAAUUCCCGAAAUUUGACCAAGUUGAAGAGCGAAACGUAGACGACAAUUGCAACACCUGCAGCAGUCUCAGCACCCGAUUUCUUGAGGAGGAGAAGGAAGGUGCUCUCAGUUCCGCAACAACAGCCCACCUGCGAAAGUACGCUGGAUGUGAUGGGUACGAUUCGGAUAAUGUUGGGAUCAUUGACAAUUGUGGCGAGGACGCAACUCCUCCUGAGAUCAAAGUGUCUGAAUCAAGGGGUUUCCGAGGUCACGGCGGCCAGUACAAGGUGCAUGGACAGCUCUUCCAGAGCAGCUCGUCAGCUCUCUCGUUCCUUCGAAAAAGCUUGACAGUUGAUGAUGACUGCGCCAAGUCGGAUGAUCUCGAUCUUCCCCUCGAGGUGGUGGAGACUGGCAAUUGCGGCAUCUCGGUGGAUGCUUAUCCCAUUCAUGUCAACCAUUCUUGCGAUGGAAAGAACCAAACUGGAGCCGUGAACCACUUCCAAAUGGACGUGGAUUCAGAUGCCCCCGAGAUUGCUUGCGGCUUUGCUGCGUUUUCUUCAUCAUUGGCCAUGUCGGCGGACGGAAAGACGAUGCUUGUCGAGGAAGACGACGGCAAGCUGUUUUCAUCUGGCUUCUUUUACAGUGUCUCGGUACGUACUCUUUCUUUCUUGAAUUCGUACAGUAGCAACGAGUUUUCGAUUCGUAUGCGAUUGUUUGUGUUUGUUUGUGCGUUUGCAUCUUUCAGGAGUCUUGCUCGGACUCGUCGACGUGGUCGUCUCAAUCGAGACGAAUGCAAGGGAUCGAAAGCCAAUGGCAAUCUUGGCAAGAACAGUCGACGAUGCGGUUCCGAAGGUGUCGAUUUGGUGUUCAAACGCUCCAGCUCUGCCAAGGGCAUCCGCACGUACGACAUCACAGUGAGUGCCACCGAUGCGGCCGGUUGGACAUCGAAGGAUACUUGCAGGAUUCUGGUGGUGCCAAAAGCGGAGCAAGAAGGGCGCGAACGGAGGUGUGGUCGAUGCUUUUCCGAGACGAACAAAUAA